UUGAGAUCAUGGGUUUGGAGAAACUCCUUGGCUAGUUCCGGCGAGGAGACGACCACGGUGGAGGUUUCCCCUAGCUGGAGUUGCAUAAGAGGCCCGUGUUCGACGGCCAGCUCCAUCAGCCGGCGGUGGGGUAAGGUUGGGCCCAUCAGGUUGUGCAGAUUCCCGAGUAUGGGCAGCUUUCUUGGGCCCGGAGGCAGCGUC